AUGAGUUCGAAGAGGGCCCCUUUGGGACACUUGAACCGAUUGGAGUCCCCUUCCCUCUGGGCCAGCUCGGCUCCCACAGAGGAGGCCGCCAAGCCCUCAGCGCACUCCCUGAAACAAGAGCAUGAGGAAUUUGGGAGGUCCCUACACAGGAAGACCCUGCAAACGCCAGAGGAUAAGGCUGCCCUGAAGCGGGCUGAGCACCGUACCAAGGUCCCAGAAAAAUACUCGGACAGCUGCAAGUCGUUUCUGUUCUCGGCCCCUGGAAUUCUGAAGAUUUCCAGGAUGGUUCUUGUGGUAGGAGCAGUAGUUUGUUUCAUCGCUAGCCAAGCCCACCAGGCAUUUAUAGCAAUCACAGUUCAGGAAGCAUGCAUCGUUGUUUUCUUUAUUUUAAUAUAUCUGGUAACUCUUCAACACUUGCUCAUCUGUUUAAACUGGCCUUUACUUGAUGUUAUGAACAGUUUGAUUUCAACUGUAUUCCUUUUCGUAGUUGCCAUGUUGAUGAUCCAAGAGAAGGGAAGGAGGCAUUUGUAUUAUGUUGGAGGGACGCUGUGUCUCGUAGCGGCCAUCCUGUGUUGUUUCGAUGGGAUAGUGGUCAUCAGGAGCAUGAGGGAGAUGAAAAUGGCUCGGUAA